CAGACUCCUGCGCAAUGCAAUACGUGACUGCGCUUCUGCUGAUGUGUUGAGAAGCUUCGUCUGGUCACAUUAAUAGUUGGGGGAGGGAGGAUGGAGGGGGGGAAGAGAGACAGAAAGAGAUGCAAGCACCAUAACACCGGUCCAAUGCAGCCGAUUGCAGAGUCCGAUCCCGAGGAAAUCCCAGCUUUGAAACCCUGCGUUUGAUCGUUGUACCCGAUGCAUUGAUUGUCAGGACCUGCACAGCCAUGGAAAAUGAUCAAAGUAUUACAACAUGCACAACAACCACCACUGUCAGCACAUCUCCCAGGGCUCAGGGUCCUCAAAUCUCAGUCUACAGCAGCUCGGACCGACAAGCUGUUCAGGUGAUCCAGCAAGCCUUGCACCGACAGCCCAGCACUGCAGCCCAGUACCUGCAGCAGAUGUAUGCCGCGCAGCAGCAGCAUUUAAUGCUGCAGACCGCAGCACUGCAACAGCAACAGCUGAGCAGCACCCAGAUCCAGAGCUUGACAUCCGUCCAGCAGGGAGGCGGACGUCAGUCAUCUUCUCCAACAGGAGGCGCCAGUCAGCAACAGAGUGGGUCACAAACCUCAAUUAAUCUCUCGCCUCCCUCCGCUGCCCCUCAGCUGGUGAGUCGCACCCAGACUGCAAACGCCUCGGGCAGUGGCAUCACCCAACAAGCCAUGUUGCUCGGCAACACCACCCCAACCCUCACUGCCAGCCAAGCCCAGAUGUACCUCAGAGCCCAGAUGCUGAUUUUCACUCCCACUGCUACUGUAGCCACUGUCCAGCCCGACAUUCCUGUUGCUUCCUCCUCCUCUUCGGUAUCUGCACCCACUCAGGUUCAUAAUCUAGCGGUUCGGAGCCAGCAAUUGGGAGUGCUGCCCGCUCCAUCUCCUCAAAGCGUCCCGCUGAAAGGCACGUGUCAGACGCAGCCCCUCUCAAUGAGCCACGUGAAGACAGCCGGCCAAAGUGUCUCCUCCAAGAUCAACGUGUUAGAACCGGGCCCCGAGAACGCCAAGAAAGGGGAGAACCUGACCCCGCCCAGCAUCGAGUCUCGCGUCUCCACGGUAACCCGGCUGCAGAUUCCGACAAGCGCACAGCAACUCAUCGCUCCUGCUCCCUACACCCCGAUGCAGCACCAGUUGAUGAAGCAGCAACUGCCCCAGCAACAGACCCUGCCCAAGCUCCUAAUCCAGCACAGGCCGCAGCUGCAGUCCCUGGCCCCCGAGCCCUGCCCUCCACCCCAUCACCCACCCCCUCCCCAUCCCCACUGUGUCUCGACCCAGGCCCACAGCCAGCCGCUCAGCCAGCCCUCACCCCACCCCUCAGCCCACCCUCAUCCGCAGUCCCAGCAGCAAACGGUGGUGGUCUCCCCAGUCUUGCCCCGCUCCCCACCCCGCUCGCCAUUGCCUCCUCCCAGCAUCAUUGUGCAGCCGCAGUCCCUCACCCCUACCCAGCUGGUCCCCGGCCCAGCCCAUCGCUCGCCGGUGGCUCAGAUCGGACCCCUGCGACAGGCCCGUCCCCCCCUGAACAUCCCUCCCCUCCUGAACAUCCCGGCCCACCCCCUGCAGUCGGUGCGGGCUCUGGCUCUCGGACCAGACAUCGUUUCCUCCACCCAGGUGCUGCCCCAGACGGUCCUACAUGCCAGGGAGCAGCUGCCCGCUGCCCAGGCCCUGAUCCAGAUGCCCUUCCAGGCUCUGCCUCCGCCUCAGACCAUCGCCGUCAACCUCCAGGUCCACGCCUCGCCCCCUGUUGACGUCCCCCUGGUAUGCUCGGUGGAAGAUAACUGUGACCAGGAGAUGAGGGAGGAGCAUGAAGAAUGCUUUGCAGCUCGAAGAGGAGUCUCACCACUCACCUCCCACUCCGAAUCCUCCAUCUCGGCGGCGGAAGGGGAAACACAGACAACCGGGAACGUUUGCCAAGAAGGACGGGAGACUCCAGUUGUAACCUCAGCGAGCGCCUCAGUCAUCCGGUCGUCCGCUGACACACUGCUCCUCGCCAGCGCCUCGGCCCCUGCCUCCCUCCCCGCCACGCCGAAGCCCAGCGGAGCUGCCCACAACACGGGAAUCCUUCCGGGCACAGAUAGCAAGCCACCCCAGGCCAUCGUGAAGCCACAGAUCCUGACCCACGUCAUCGAGGGCUUUGUCAUCCAGGAGGGGCUGGAGCCAUUCCCCGUGAGUCGUUCCUCGCUACUGACGGAGCAGCCGGUCAAGCAGAAGGUGCCAAACGACGCCCCGGUCUCGCCACCCGCCUCUGCACCUCCGUCAGCCGGAGGAGAAAUGCAGGGCAACACGAGCAAAUCACUGGAGGAGUCCCUCGACAGCGACGUGGAUGAACUGACGGGAGAAGAAGGGAUGGAGGGCAGUGAUCCAGACAUGCUCAAGUGCGAGUUCUGUGGGAAGAUGGAUUACGCUCACAAAUUCAGGAGGUCAAAGCGCUUCUGCUCCAUGUCCUGUGCCAAAAGGUACAAUGUGGGCUGCAGCAAGCGGAUGGGGCUUUUUAAAUCGGACAAGAGCUCGCGGUGGAACAGGAAGUCAGAGCCCCAUGUGUUCGGUCGACGGGGGAGGAGGUGCAGUAUCCUCGAAGGAGCAUCAGGCGACCAUUUUAUGAGACAGGUGCCGGUUGGUUUCCCUCCUGCAGAAGAGGCCGUGCCGGCCGCCUCCAACCCUCCGCUUGCCGAGGAGGCCGUCAGUGUCGCCAUGACGACCCGGCGUCGGCAGAACGAGCGGGAGAGGGAGCUGCGGGAGCUGAGGAUGCGGGAGAACUCGGAGUGCAGCGACGUGCUCCAGGCUGACCCCACCCUCUGGACCGUCGAUCACGUGUGGGAGUUCAUUCACUCUCUGCCAGGUUGCAAGGACAUAGCUGAGGAGUUUCGAUCCCAGGAGAUUGAUGGGCAGGCUCUGCUCCUAUUGAAGGAAGACCAUCUCAUGAGUGCCAUGAACAUCAAGUUGGGCCCAGCGCUCAAGAUUUGUGCCCGCAUCAACAUGCUGAAAGAAUCCUAACCGGCAUAAAAGCUGCUAAACUCCUCCAUAUUGCUGAUCUUGAAGAGGACAGGCGUUAAUGUCCAAGCAAAUAUUAUGGAAUGAUUGCGCAUAUAUCUGCAAGGAUCUUGUGCGGGACAGUGACCGCACACGAUCCGUGUGAUGUUCGCUGAGACUUCCUUCUCUUCACAUGCAGAAGCUCCUAGACCUCAUUGUGACACUUCAAAGAAUGUUGCCGUGGAAGGUCUUUGCCAAAUACAGAUACCUAAUGAUUCAAUUUCCAUGUGUGUGUUGCCAAAGGGGUUUCAGUUACCCGAACGUGACCUCAUCUCAACCAGCAGAACCUACUGCCUCCAUCCACCGCUUCCUAUUUUGUGGACAUAAGGAACUGCAGAUGCUAGAAUCUGAGGAAAUAAAACACAGAUUUACAGUGCAUCAACCAAGCUGCCAACAGCGUACAUAUAGAGGAUAAAGGGAAUAAUGUUUAGUGCAAGGAGGUCCUUAAAAGUCCGAUUGAAGUUAGUCUGAGAAACCAAUAAGGUAGAUGGUGGUUCAGGAUCGCUCUCUAGUUGGUGAUAGGAUGGUUCAGUUGCCUGAUAAUAGUUGGGAAGAUACUGAAUCUGGAGAUGUGCCGAGGCAGUGUAAAGUGUAG